AUGGCUACAUAUCUUCACGGUGCUGCUUGUCCCAUACCAAGUACAAGCAGCUGCAAUCUUUGCCCACUUCCUGGUACACGUUCUUUUGAGCGACCUCAUCACCCCAUCUACCACUUGUAAUACAAAACGCGUUGCUGGCCGCAAGAUCGAAUCUGUUAUUCUUUUUCUCAAUGUCUUGAGAGCGAGAAGGGUGCUGAUCAUGGCCAUUCUUCUAGUGGAAUGCUUUCACCGCAUUUGAAGUUGGGGAAGAGACAGGCGGCGAGUCCAAUGUUAAAUCUUUCUGAGCAAAAGUGUAUUCAGGGCUUUGGUACCAACGAUUUUAACACUAUUUGUGUCUUUGUAUGUGGGCUAGGGUAGGUUCUGAGUGAAUUAGAUUUAUGCUUCAUCAUUACAUCAACGCUAACAGCUUGGAAAAUAUUGUUCUCCUGCGGCAUGCACUUGCGCUCGGAUGGGAACAUCUCCAAAGGUUCCAGAUGUCACCAGGCUUACUGGCUACUCGGCAAAUGGCAUGAUUGAAUAUCAGGGUCUUUGUGCUUUUGCCUUGUCUUUAUGUGGGUCUUCAUUACAUAAUGACUUUUCCAGGCGACUGAUAAAUGGAUGAACUUAUAGGGCUUCUGCGGCUUUGCCAAUAAUAUUGUUUGCGUGGAUUCACCAACCACCCUAUACAUUCCCACCGUCUGGCCAUUCAACCCUUCAGCAUGUACUGGAGGCAAUGGAGAAGGUGACUUUUCUGAUUUGUGCAGUUGGUCCUGCCAAUAUGGGUAUUGCCCUAUCUCUUCACGCACUUGUAACACCCAAAAUGAUUUGGUUGAUCAUCCAACACAAGUCGCUGAUGUGACAGCCAUCUGCACCCCAGUUACAGGUGUAUUGGAAUACGAUGACCUCUGUACAUUCGCUUGCAGCCAUGGCCACUGUCUCGAUGUUUGCACCUCUGAUUUGGCCUAUACAUCAGGCUCAGGUAGCGGCAACUACAUUGGCCUGUUUGUUUAUACAUGCCAGUACAAUUUUUGUCCAGAACCAUGUAACUGUCUUUUUCAUGGUACUGAGACUCCAGCUCCGCCUAUAGUACUCGGUGUCACCGGCUUUGGCGCGCUGCUUGGACUUGGCCACCUGCGAUCGACUUUUUAAUUUUACUUGCAGCCAUGGUCAGCAAAUCAGUUAUCUGAUAUUACCCUUCUAGCCCUCAAACCAAACCCUCUCUUUAUAUAUUUCACUCUCUUCUCCAUGUGCUUUGUGCUACAGCUUUCACUCUCAGCUUUUUUCUUUUCAAGUUUAAUUUGGCAUGCAAUCGCUAACUAUGUGAUAUUAUAGGAUAUUGCCCGAAUGGCGCCUGCUCACACGAGGAAACUGGCACUGGUACAUCGCUUGUGUUCCCUUCAGACGACGAUUUAGUUCCAUUUGACCCAAGCACGAGCAACAAACCCGGCGAUAGCUUCUUAUAUGACACACCUGAUCCUUCAGACCUCACCCUAAACAUUAAUCUGGUCGGUGACCCAGUGAUUUGGGGAGACCUAGAUUGUAGUUCGGUAUCAGGCGAAUUUGCUUCAGGAGCCGAUGGAGACACUCUCGGAUGCAUUCUGCAGCGG